ACCAGAAUUUUUAAAUACAGAGCUGCUCAUUAACCUGCAUGGAAGGGAAACAAAGAGAUCAUAAGAAAGCCGUUAUCAACGCACAAUCAAGAAUAAACAGACAAGAGUUUGCCACUUUGUAUGAAGAGUUAUAAAACCAGUGUGGAUGUUAAUGCUGUUUUUUUCCAGCAAGAAAUGCUAGAUAAGGAAGAUUUGGCCUGAUCUCUCAUCACAUCGAUCAAUUCCUUGAACCAAGCAUAAUGGCUUUCUUGCGGACACUUAACCACAUUCUGCUGGUGCUUCUAGUUUUGACAUUUUCUGUUAUAUGGUACAGCACAAUGAACACGGUACCUACAUCAAAAGAAAGCAAAGUAUCAUUCUCAGUUGCUGAAACAGAGGAGGACGUAAUUCCUAUUGUUAUUUGUGCUGCUGCGGGCAGAAUGGGAGCUGCUAUAGCUGCAAUUAACAGUAUCAACAGCAACACUGCAGCCAAUGUCCUCUUUUACAUUGUUGGACUAAAGAAUUCUCUGCUUCACAUAAGAAAAUGGAUUGAAGACAGUCAACUGGGAAAUAUAAAUUUUAAGGUUGUGGAGUUUAACCCAAUGGUACUCAAAGGAAAAAUUCGACCUGAUGUAGCAUACCCCGAUCUUCUCCAACCACUCAACUUUGUUCGAUUUUAUCUGCCACUGCUCACCCCAGAACAUGAGAAAGUUAUUUAUUUGGAUGACGACAUCAUUGUGCUAGGAGACAUUCAAGAGCUGUACAACACAAAAAUAUCAAGAGGUCAUGUUGCUGCUUUUGCUGAAGACUGUAACUUGCCCUCACUUCAAGACAUGAUUAAUAAAGUGGGUAUACAGAACACCUACAUGGGGUUUCUUGACUACAGGAAGAGUACCAUUAAAAAGCUUGGUAUCAGCCCAAGCACAUGCUCAUUUAACCCUGGUGUAUUUGUAGCCAACAUGACUGAGUGGAGACAGCAGCAUAUCACCAAGUAUUUGGAAAAAUGGAUGAAGAAAAAUGUUGAAGAGAAUCUUUACAGCAGUACAAUUGGCGGUGGUGUGGCUACUCCUCCAAUGCUCAUUGUGUUUCAUGAAAAAUACUCUGCUAUCACUCCUUACUGGCACAUCCGAUAUCUAGGAUGGAGUCCAGAUGAGCAGCUACCGAAAAGUGUUCUUCAAAAAGCAAAACUCCUUCACUGGAAUGGGAGAUACAAACCAUGGCACUACCCAAGCGCACACAGCAAACUGUGGGAGAAAUGGUAUAUUCCUGACCCAACAGGGAAGUUCAAGUUACUCCGACCAAAAUAACAAUAUAUGAUCCAUUUUCUGGAUAAUCAUGUCAUUUCAUAUGUUUCUGCUUUCUAAAUACAUUACAAACAGGUUUUAAAAAAUGCAGCAUUAACAAUAAUUAUUUAGAGAGGUGAAAUCUAUUUCACAGUUAUAUAUAUAUAUCCAAUAAAUAAAUUCCAAUGUUUUGUAAA